CUGCUCUCGGGUAUUUCACCUCUUCUCUCUGUCUCCUUCUCAAGGCUUCCUCCUGAUCUUGGCACUGACUGAAGCACUGGUAUUUGCCAUCCAGGAACCAUCUCCCAGGGAAUCUCUUCAGGUUCUCCCCUCAGGCACUCCCCCAGGCACCAUGGUGACAGUACCCCGCAGCUCUGCCAGACACUCCUCUGUGGUGACGCUGUCCCUCCAUCCUGAUGGACCCUCCUCACAGGCCGCAUCUCCCACAGCAACGACGACACCCCAUCCAGACGGGCACCCUCCUACAAACGCCAUCUCCACCAUCGUGGUGACAGCAACCACUCCCCAUUCUGAAAGCCCCCUGCCCACAGGGCCUCCUCCUGCUGCCAUGGCAACCACAUCCUCCCACUCAGAGGGCCGCCCCCCAGGGGAGGCUGCCCCCACCAUCCUGCUGGCAAAGCCAACAGGAGCCACCAGCCGUCCCACCACAGUGCACCCCCGGGCUACCACACGCAGGCCCCCCAGACCCCCUGGCUCUUCCCGAAAGGGGGCUGGGGGCUCCUCACGCCCUGUCCCACCUGCGCCCAGUGGACACUCUGGGAGGAAGGAAGGCCAGCGGGGACGAAACCAGAGCUCUGUUCAUCUGGGACAGAAGCGGCCCCUUGGGAAAAUCUUUCAGAUCUACAAGGGUAACUUCACAGGGUCUGUGGAGCCAGACCCCUCUGCCCUCACCCCCAGGACCCCACUGUGGGGCUACUCCUCCUCCCCACAGCCCCAGACAGUGGCCCUGACCACAGCGCCCAGCAGUACCUUGUGGGCACCACCUACCACCCUCCUGGUGCCUGCAGAGGACAAGCCAGGCCUUCCCAGAGUGGACCAGGAGGGUGAUCCCACCUUCACCAGCCAAGGAGGGGAGCCGGACACUACCGCAGCCUCAGGUGCCCCUGCCAGCCCACAGCCUGCCCCAGUGCCUUCUCAGCACCCCCGUGGUGACCCACAGGAUAGCCCCAGCCACAGUGACUCUGCGCUUACCGUCACCCCCAGCACCAACAGAUCUCCUUCUGCCAGCUCUGGGGUCUUCACGGCUGCCACCACCGGGCCCACCCAGGCUGCCUUUGACGCCAGUGUCUCAGCCCCUUCCCAGGGGAUUCCUCAGGGCACAUCCUCAACCCCACAGGCUCCAGCCCUUCCCCCCGGGAUCUCAGAAAGCACUGUUUCUCGAGCCGAGGAGGAGUCUGCAUCCACCCCCACCAUGACCGACAGGGUGCCCAGUCCUCUCUCCACAGUGGUGUCCACAGCCACAGGCAACUUCCUCAACCGUUUGGUCCCCGCUGGGACCUGGAAGCCUGGAAUGGCAGGGAACAUCUCCCAUGUGGCCGAAGGGGACAAACCCCAGCACAGAGCCACCAUCUGCCUGAGCAAGAUGGACAUCGCCUGGGUGAUCCUGGCCAUCAGCGUGCCCAUCUCUUCCUGCUCUGUCUUGCUGACAGUGUGCUGCAUGAGGAGGAAGAAGAAGACGGCCAACCCGGAGAACAACCUGAGCUACUGGAACAACGCCAUCACCAUGGACUACUUCAACAGGCACGCCGUGGAGUUGCCAAGGGAGAUCCAGUCCCUUGAAACUUCUGAGGAUCAGCUCUCAGAGCCCCGCUCCCCGGCCAACGGCGACUAUAGAGACACUGGGAUGGUCCUUGUUAACCCCUUCUGUCAAGAAACACUGUUUGUGGGAAACGAUCAAGUAUCUGAGAUCUAACUGCAGCAGGCUUCACUUUGCCAUUCCCUAUUUUUCAUUCUCUAAAUUAUAACUAUACAAAUAUAUAUAUUAUAAAUAUAACCUUUGUGUAACCCUGAAUUGAUGAGAAACAUUUUCAGCUUUUUUUCCUAAGAAUUGUCAACAUCUUUUUUAUAAGUGUGGUUUAAAAAAAAAAAAAAACUUUACAGAAUGAUCCGUGGCUUUAUAAAAUAAAGGUAUUUCUAAGCAAAGCAGUUGCACUGAUUGCUUCUCUCAAUAACUGUUCUGUUCUGAGCACUUGAGGAGCCCGGGGACCCGGGCAGGUGAGGUGAGAGACUGGCCUCCUGUAGAAGCUGAGUGUUGUGUUAAAAUGGUCAAGUGCAUGGUCCUUUGAGUGAUUCAUAAAGUUCUGCCUCCUCUUGAUUCAGUGUGACCUCAUUUCCUCCCUCGUGUUCACACCCCUGAAGGGAACUGGGCCACCUAGGAGAAGACAGCAGAGUCAUGCACAAAGCAGGAAAAGAAGACAUUGCAUCCCCCCCAGAGGACGCAUGCCCUGGAACCUCGCAAUGACACCACUGGAUGUUGAGUUUAAUUCCAUCCAAGUUAUGGACAGUGCACGGCCCUCAGGAAUCCACAGAGGACAUCAAAGCAUCCUAAAACCACGUCCCCCUAACAUCACACGCUUCCACCUGCUAACAACAGGACUGACUUUUUCUGGUGGAAAAAUGCUCCCUUGAAGCGCAUUCGUGCAUCCCCUCCAACACCCACAUCUGUGUUAAACACCGUGCCUUUCUCUCAAAGAUGGUCCAGAUGCGGGUCCCAGCCCCAGAGCUUAAGGAUGUUUGCUCUUCUUCAAGGAUCUGAUGCUUAUUGGGGUUUGGCUUUGUUUUCUCAAAAAGGGUUGGUAUUAUGCCCCUGAGGAACAUGUUUCUCUAAGAAGCCUUGAAGUGUAGAGCUGUAAUGUUUGAAACCUUCAUCUUGCAAUCUUAAAACACAAGACUGCCAAAGCAAAUCACUUGGGAGAAGACGUCCUCAUAUCCUUCCUUGGCGCUGCAGGCCUGCUUGCAGCAUUAGCUGAUGGACUCGCCGUCCAGCACCCGUGUCCCCACCCCCCUCACUGCUGCCCUCAUCCCUGUGCCUGGCACGGUCAACAGGGCUCAGACCCUCAGAGAUGCAAGGGGGGCUUCCAGAGAUGGCUGCUUCUCUUAUUUUUUUCCUAAUAGAUAGUGGCUGGGAGAGGUGAUAACUGCUUUGACGCUUCCUUUCUCGAAAAGAAAAAUAGUUUGAUAGUAUAUUUUGAAUAUAGAUGUUCUUAUAGUCAGACUGAAAAUUGAACUUGAAUGUUGAUUCAUUUGUUUGUGUUGUUGUGGUCUUUUUAUCAUGACUUUUUCCUUUCUUCCUGCCUUUUCCUUUAAAAAGAAAAAGAUGGCCUUCAAAACUGUGUGUCCUCAAUGUUGUAUGAACUUGCUUAACAUGAGUUCGGUUGCUGUCUCUCUCAAAGACCCUUCGACCCCCAAAGAAGCAGGUUAAGUGUUGCUCUGAGAUUCAUUUUCUAACGUGUUGUUGUCUGACCUCCUUAACCUUAUCAUGAUAUUUCUGUUAGCUAUUGUAUUUGAUAUAUCAAUGUGUGUGAGUAUAUAUAGAGAGAAAUCUGUAAAGUAAAAUUUAUAUAUAAUAUAUGUAUUCAAAGAUACAUAUGUUAUAUAUACAUAUGUGGAUGUAUGACUUAUUUUUCCUUAUACACAGAAUUCUGCUACCAUGUAUAUAUAAAUAAACUUAUUUUAUUAGCCAGAGGAUUAAGUUGCUAAUA